GCGUGCUUCGAGCUUGAGCUGUUUAAAUAAAGUUUUGUUCUUUGUCAAUGACCGCAAAGAUGGCUUCCCCUUUAUUAAAGGUUGCAGUGACAGGUCUCUCGAGAUGUGCUCGGCACAGUGUCCACUCAGUGAGGGCAUUGUCUCUGACAGGUCCCGUCAGUCAAGGUGUACCUCGGUCACUGUGGAAGUUAGGUAGGCUGAAUCACGUGGCUAUCGCAGUCCCAGACCUAGAGAAAGCCACAGCACUGUACCGCGAUGUGCUCGGGGCUCAGGUGAGCGCCACGGUGCCUCUCCCUGAACACGGAGUGUACACCGUGUUUGUGGAACUGGGAAAUACAAAAUUAGAGCUUCUACACCCUCUGGGAGAAAAAAGCCCAAUUGCAGGUUUCCUGCAGAAGAAUAAAGCCGGAGGGAUGCAUCAUAUCUGUAUUGAGGUGGAUGACAUCAAUGCAGCAAUAAUGGAUUUGAAGGAAAAGAAAAUCCGGCUGCUCUCCCCAGAGCCACGGAUAGGAGCUCAUGGCAAACCUGUGAUGUUCCUCCACCCUAAAGACUGUGAUGGGGUUCUUGUGGAGAUAGAGCAAGCCUAGAUUUUUCACAUGAGAGUUGUAUCUUGUAAACGGUGACUUUGUUCAGUUUUGACACUUAAGAAAUAGGAUCAUUGCAAUGGGUAUGGAGUGUUUGAUAUUGAUAUGACUUAAAGAUUUUUGUUUUUCUUUAGUAAUGAUUUUCUUUAAUGACUUAAAAUAACCUUUAAAAUUCUCUUUAAAAUAAUAUCUAUAUUUACUAUUAAAACAAUAGAAGCUGAAAUAAGCGCAAUUUAAUUCAUGGAAAUGCUAUAAUAAAAUGGUAGAUAAGUUUUAUCAUGUUUAGGAACUGAGAAGUCAGUUGAAACCCUCAUAAGCUUUUCAUCUGGAUCUAAAUGGAACAGACAGAUUGAAGCUUUCCUUUUUUUGCCGAUUACCAUGUAUUUGGAAGACAAGUUGGCUCAUAUCCAUCUCUCCACUGUCGUCAACCCGCCGCCAAAUAGAAAGUAGUUUUUGUUCUUAUGCCUUAAAUCUGCCUUUUCUUCGAGGAACGGGGUUAGUUUUGGGGCUUGUGGUUUUCUCAAUGUGUGGUCUCUAAAGGUCCUGUUUGAAGGUUCCUGCUUUAACACUGCUGGAAUAAAAAGGUUUUCUUUUUUGCUGUUUUAA